AAAAUACGAGCGUUGAAGGGAAUGCGGCAAGUAAUAACGAAGUCUUGUACACUGAAUCUGAAAUGCUACUGUAUGUAGAAUUACAAAUGUGAUUUACAUCUACAUGCAACUUGUGAAAAUGAAUGCCGGGACCACGUGAUCAUAGCACAAGGCACCAACAAUAUUAAAUGGAAUCUACAAAAGAUCAUUUUUUUUUCUCUGUUGUUCAUAAUUUCAUAGUCUCACAAUUACCUCAGUAAAAUUGAUAUACUUACCAUCAACAUUAGCAAAUGGCCUUGGAUUGUCUUUCUGGGACUCAACUGAGGAUGAUUUAGACAAGAGCCGUUCCAUGUUGGUCCAAUUUUGACUGACAAUAUUAUCAAGACAGUCAAAAUGACGUUCCUGAAGGACCAUAACCAUAACCAGAUUAAUAUCCCCAGCCACCUCUCCUAACUUUCUUCAGCUGGCAUUCAUGAAGCAACCAAACGCCUUUAUUACCUGCGCCACAUGACAGAGUAAAGGCUCCUCCCUCUGCUCUGAUAUUUCCGAGACACCAAAUGCCACAUCCACAUCCACAUCCACAACCUUCUCAUUCUCUUCUUAUUUAUCUUGCUCAUUCUCUCAACUUUAUCUUCCAAAAGCUCUCUCUUACUUACCCCAUAAAAUGGAUGAAUACCCAGUGAAAUGGCUGUUCUUUAUACUAACAAUCCAUCUAGCCUUCAAUCUUGUCCUCUGUUCACAAAUGCCAUCAACAAAGAAGACUUACAUUGUCCAGAUGGAUAAGACCUCAAUGCCACAAUCCUUUUCCAGCCACCUAGAGUGGUACUCAUCGAAAGUGAAAUCUGUAGUUUCUAAACAAGAAAAGCAAGGAGAUGAUGGCAACAAAGAGCGGAUUAUUUACAAUUAUGAGACUGCUUUUCAUGGGAUGGCUGCCCAACUGAGUGAAGAAGAAGCUGAGAAGCUAGAGGAUCAAGAUGGUGUCAUGACUAUAUUCCCAGAAACCAUAUAUCAACUACACACAACUAGGAGUCCAAAGUUUCUUGGGCUAGAGCGAGAAGAUAGUACCAAUGCAUGGUCUCAGAAACCUGCAGAUCAUGAUGUGGUAGUGGGAGUACUGGACACAGGAAUUUGGCCAGAGAGUGCAAGCUUCAAUGAUACAGGCAUGGCACCAGUGCCUUCUCAAUGGAAAGGAACUUGUGAGACUGGACGAGCCUUCAAUGUCCGUCACUGUAAUAGGAAAAUCAUUGGAGCAAGAGUUUUCUAUAGAGGAUAUGAAGCUGCAACAGGAAAAAUCAAUGUUCAGAAUGAGUAUAAAUCGCCUAGAGACCAAGAUGGCCAUGGGACACACACAGCCGCAACAGUUGCGGGAUCUCCAGUGCGUGGCGCAAACUUACUUGGCUAUGCAUAUGGAACGGCAAGAGGGAUGGCACCUGGUGCAAGAAUUGCAGCUUACAAGGUUUGUUGGGCUGGUGGGUGCUUCAGCUCAGACAUUUUGUCAGCAGUGGAUAGAGCAGUGGCUGAUGGAGUGAAUGUUCUCUCUAUAUCUCUGGGUGGUGGGGUGUCUUCUUAUUACCGUGACAGUUUAUCGAUAGCAACCUUUGGGGCAAUGGAGAUGGGUGUUUUCGUUUCAUGUUCAGCUGGAAAUGGAGGGCCAGAUCCUGUCACUCUUACAAAUGUGUCUCCAUGGAUCACCACGGUUGGUGCUAGCACCAUGGAUAGAGAAUUCCCCGCUAUUGUUAAGCUGGGAACUGGCAACACUGUAACUGGCACAUCUCUCUACAAAGGCCAGAGAAAUCUGUUAACAAACAAGCAGUACCCCCUGGUUUAUACAGGCAGUAAUUCAAGCAGUCCUGACCCAAGCUCCCUGUGCUUGGAGGGAACUCUGGAUCCACAUAAAGUUGGUGGAAAGAUUGUGAUAUGUGACCGCGGAAUCAACCCUCGAGUUCAAAAGGGCCAAGUGGUGAAAGAUUCUGGAGGGAUAGGCAUGAUUCUGACAAAUACAGCAGCAAAUGGAGAGGAGCUAGUUGCAGAUUGUCACCUUCUUCCAGCAGUUGCAGUUGGUGAAAUGCAUGGGAAAGCUAUCAAACACUAUGCUUUAACAAAUCGAAAUGCAACUGCCACUCUAGCAUUUCUCGGUACCAAGUUGGGAAUUAAGCCAUCUCCUGUUGUAGCAGCAUUUUCAUCUAGAGGACCCAAUUUUCUCACUCUCGAAAUUUUGAAACCUGAUCUUGUUGCACCCGGUGUGGACAUCCUUGCUGCUUGGACAGGGGAUUUGAGUCCGUCAAGUUUGCCAACUGAUCAUCGGAAAGUGAAGUUCAAUAUAUUGUCUGGAACUUCCAUGUCAUGCCCACAUGUGAGUGGAAUUGCUGCUUUGCUCAAGGCUAAACAUCCAGAAUGGAGUCCAGCAGCAAUUAAGUCAGCACUGAUGACAACAGCCUAUGUUCAUGAUAACAUUAAGGGCCCUCUGAAAGAUGCCUCAACAGCUGCCCCCUCAACUCCCUUUGAGCAUGGUGCUGGACACAUAAACCCGCUUAAAGCUCUAGAUCCGGGUUUGAUUUAUGACAUUGAACCUCAGGAUUACUUUGAAUUCCUUUGCACACAAAGGCUAACUCCCACACAGCUUAGCGUCUUUGGCAAGUACUCAAAUAGAUCUUGCCAUCACUCCCUCGCAAGUCCAGGAGACUUGAACUACCCAGCUGUCUCGGUAGUCUUCCCAGAUAAUUCUUCAACUUUGACAAUCCACAGAACAGUCACCAAUGUUGGCCCUCCCAUCUCAAACUACCACGUCGCUGUUUCCCCAUUUAAGGGGGCAAUUGUUAAAGUUGAGCCACAAACCUUGAAUUUCACCGGCAGAAAUCAGAAACUAUCUUACAAGAUUACCUUUGUUACGAAGUAUCAUCAAACAAUACCAGAGUUUGGUGGUUUAUUAUGGAAGAAUGCAUUACACAAAGUAAGAAGUCCAAUUAUCAUCACAUGGUUGCUACCAAUAUAAAUUGUACUGAGGCAAUUUCAACAAUUUAUUGUUCCAAAAUAAAAGUGAUGUUUUAUCAAGAGUGAAGGCUCUUUCAUAUGUAGUAUAUGAAAUGCAUUUUCUUCCU